GGUCCGGCAGCUGAUGGCCGGACGCGACGCAGUGCUGCUGCUGCUGGUUACCGCGGCCACUAGCGUGGUCAGUCCAGACGUCCUUCGCCAGAAUGUCUCGCUGAACGUGGACCUCGUGGGCGUGCGGCUGUUCAGGCCGCUGGCUGCGCUUCCCGAUGCCACGGCAGCCGACGCUCGACGACGCCGGCUCGUCGUGGUGCGUCGCAGGAGACGCAAGAAUGAUGACGACAAAAGGAUGGAGGGAAUUAUGACCGACGACGACGACUCCUGGGAGGACGGAGCUAAGCCCAUUGACGGGAUCCAUGGAGCAUUCCUUAAUUCACUUUCAACGCUUCCGAGAGCCUUGCCGCUUGAAGAGGAUGUCACCAAUAUUCUGACCGACAACGGAUCCUUCAACUCAUCUGAGUACCUGGACCGGCACCUGAUGUUUCUUCGUGAAAGACGCCAGGGUCCAGCGCUUAACUUUGGCCCCCUUCCUGCUGGACAUACGCGGUUGGCGGGCCCGCCCAUGGGACCAGCCAUGCGGUUUUUCAAGGUGGUGUGA